AUGAACUCAUCUUCGCGUAUUCGUACAAACGAUCAGAAUGUGGCGUUUUUGGAGGCCAAGGUUGACCGGUUGACCAAUCAAUUGAGCAAACUUGAAAAUGACCGUAUAUUAUCCUUGCAACGUGAAGUGGCAAUGCUGAGACAGUUGCUUGAUUUCCAAAAUGCAAAAUUGGAUAAAGUCACAUUGUUGUUGACAGAUUUGGUGACACAAUUGAUGCAUAGGAAGGGGAAAUCUGGUGAUGAUGAAGUUGAAAUGGAAUUGAGAGCACAAGGUGCUCCUCCUGAGGUAACAGAGGAUGACGAUGAGUCAAUGUUACAUUCAAUCAGAGCUUUUCAAGAUAGUGUCAAUGUGAGUGAUUUACAGCGUCACAAUUUGCCACUGCAAAUCAACCAAAACAUGAAUCAUUUACAGACACAGCAACCACGUCUGAUUGUUCAACAAAGUAUACUUGACCACAAUAGAGUUUCGAUGCAGCGUAUGCAACAACAAUUGACCCACCACCAGAAUCAAACCACCGUACCGGAUCCUUUAGACAGAGAUUUGGAGAAUAAUAUGGACCCCGAGUUGCAUCAUAUAUCAGGCGUGGUUCCCAAUGAGCGACAAGAUCCGUCAUCUAGUCAAAUCCAACAGCAGCAAACACGAGGCUCAAGAGAAACCCGAAACGACACAUCUGCGAAACAAAAGCCUAGAGGAAGAAAGAGAAAAAGAGGUGGUGCAAAUGAGGAGGUAAAUCAGUUACUUUCUGAGGACCAAGAUGCUUCUACAAACAAUCAGGGCCAAAAUGUAAAACCUGAAACAAAAGUUCACAUUGAGUUUAUUCACAAUCCAACCUCCAUUCGUGAUAUUUACGAUGAGUUUUUUAAAGGCUAUAAGGGUCAAGGGCCACUUUGUGAAAUGGAUGCCAAGUACGGAAAGCUUAAUUGGAGGGGAGACUCGCGAUCUAAAGAGAGUAAGAGAUACCAAAGAAGGAAACGCAUUUGUGAUGCUAUAAAAAGGGGCAGCUACAAGUAUAACAAACUGGAUGAUGAAAUGAUAGAAUACUUAGAAAGCUUUCGAAAGGAAAAAUCCUUGACUUGGGUUAUGAAUGGCAAUAUUCCGGAAGACCUCAAAGAGUGA